UCGAAUGACCUGUUUAGAGGAGGAGCCAGAUAUAUAGGUCUUUGCAAAAUACUCUGACGUAUUGUGUAUAAAUAGAUCUAGGUUUACACUUAAUAUUAUCUACAGAAAUCAACCUUGUAGACAUUUUCAGUGGAACAAGUUCUCAAAAAUAAGAAAGAAAAGUUUAAAGGACUAUAGUGUACACAUCAUGGGGCUCGGAGGGAUUGGGGGUAAAGGGCGCUCAGGCGGAGGGUUCGGAGGACGCACAGGCGGACGCACAGGCGGACGAACAGGCGGAGGGUUCGGAGGGCGCGCAGGCGGAGGGUUCGGAGGGAGAACAGGACACGGGGGGUUCGGAAGGCGCACAGGACUCGGAGGGCACAAAGGUCGUUCUAACCGAGUUGGCAUUGCCGGAGGGGGAACAGGGUUUGGCCGUCGUAGUCGGGGGAGUGGUGCAAGUCUUUUUUGUUGCAUGGGUGGAGAAGAUGCCACAUAUGGAAAGGACGUCAAACAUUUACAACAACAACAAACGAUGAUGUUACAGAUAAUACAGGGAAUGCAGCCAUAUCUACAACAGCUUGGUCAACAACAGCAACAACAAAUGAUUGGACAGCAACAACAGUCAGUUGGACAACAAGCAAUGUUCGGACAACCACAGCCUGUUGGACAACAGCAAUAUAUGUUUGGACAACCACAACAACCAGUUGGACAACAACAAGCAAUUUUUGGACAACAACAACAACAACAAGUUGGCCAACAAGAGAACGGUACGACGUUGAUAGGUAUGCAAGAGUACAUCAAAAGGAAUGUUGAAGAAUUUCAAUCAGAACAGAUGGAACUUCUUAAUGAAAUUAAGGAACGGCAAACUGAAGAAAAAGAUCCAAAAGUACUACAAGAGUUAUGCAAUGAACAAAACAUGCUUUUGGCACAAAUGAGUCAGCUACAAACAGCCGGUUAUGCUUACCCGGAACCUUUGCCGGCAUCUACCCAGGCACCGACUCGGCAAGAGGCGCCGACAUGGCCGAUGCAGUCUUGCUCUACGUAAUCGUUCUCUACAAAACACAGAACACUAACAUCAAUGACGUUUACACGAUAAAUAAUAGAGAAUGAUACGUGUACAUGUUUAUUUUAAUAAAUGAAUACAAAUAGAUGCUGCUGUAAAAUUAUUUGCUAUCAAUCAUUAUUUUGGAAAUUAUACGGAUUGGAAGUGA